UGUGUAUGUAAGUGAACGGAGAAGAACGCAGACACUUCACCCGGGGCUCAGUUAGGAAACGUGGCCUUAGCGAGUCGAGCGGAUCUCAAUGAGAAACACACUCAGCUGUGAGGCAUACACACACUCAGUCGUCUACUCUCAGCGCGGACUGAUAUAAUCUAGGGUCUCUGAAGGCGCAGAUCAUGGCUGAUGUGGAGCAGAGCGCGCCGGGGCCGGACGGGUCCAGUAACGCGUCUGACGCGGUGAACGGGACCGCGGGCCGGUUCGUGUCCAGCGCCGAGGGCACAGCUCUGGCGUACGGGAGUCUGCUGCUCAUGGCCCUGCUGCCCAUCUUCUUCGGGGCCCUGCGCUCCGUGGGCUGCUCCAAAGGCAAGAAUGCUUCAGAUAUGCCCGAGACCAUCACGAGCAGAGACGCCGCUCGCUUCCCCAUCAUCGCCAGCUGCACUCUCUUCGGCCUCUACCUGUUCUUCAAGGUUUUCUCUCAAGAGUACAUUAACCUGCUGCUCUCCAUGUAUUUCUUCGUGCUGGGAAUAUUAGCGCUGUCUCACACGAUGAGUCCCUUUAUGUGCAGAGUUUUCCCAGCGAACGUGCCAAACAAGCAGUACCAGCUGCUGUUCACACAGGGCUCAGGAGACGGACGAGAGGAGAUCCUCAACUAUGAGUUCGACACCAAGGAUCUGAUCUGCCUGUGUGUGAGCGCUGUGGUCGGGGUCUGGUACGUCCUCAAGAAGCACUGGGUGGCCAAUAACCUGUUCGGCCUGGCGUUUGCCCUGAACGGGGUCGAGCUGCUCCACCUCAAUAAUGUCAGCACUGGCUGCAUCCUGCUGGGAGGACUGUUCGUUUACGAUGUGUUCUGGGUUUUUGGCACCAACGUCAUGGUGACUGUUGCCAAGUCCUUCGAAGCCCCGAUUAAGUUGGUGUUCCCACAAGAUCUGCUGGAGAAAGGUUUGGGUGCCAGUAACUUUGCCAUGCUGGGACUGGGGGACAUCGUCAUUCCAGGAAUCUUCAUCGCUCUGCUCCUGCGCUUUGACGUCAGUUUGAAGAAGAACACAAGAACAUACUUCUACACCAGCUUCCUGGCGUACAUCUUCGGCCUGGGCCUCACCAUAUUCGUCAUGCACACCUUUAAACACGCACAGCCUGCUCUGCUCUACCUGGUACCGGUGUGUGUGGGCUUCCCCGUGCUGGUGGCUCUGGUGAAAGGAGAACUGACCGAGAUGUUCAGGUAUGAAGAGUCUUCGCCAGAGGAGGCGUUACCGAAAGAGGACAUGACAGAAUCUGAUAAAGACAAAUAGAUGUGGAAAACAAGCCCAUUUCAGCAUUUGUUCAUCAUCGUGACGUGGUCGUUCAGCAAACGCUGGUGUUUCGAGCCGCUCACGGCACUUCUCAACUCUUUUAAUGACGCACAGCAGCAUCUCAGUGCCUGUGUUUCUCCAUCUUCCCUUGUCAUUGCCUUCAGCCUUCACAUUUGAUAUGAUGCUUUAUUUGCUUUCAGACGGUUUUAGUUAUUAUGCAGCGUUUGGAUAGGGAAGAAGUGUGGCUUCCUGCAUGUAAUGUCAGAUUACUAUGCAGAUUUAUUAAACAUCUCAAGUCUGGGACGUAUUCCUGUGUAGCUGCUUUUUUUUUUUUUUUUGGCUUUUACUCUAGGAUCUCGUAAGGGAUUCAGCUUGUGAAACUCAAGUAAUUGUCCAUCUAUUGUUAAAUGAUGAAAUAUUUUUAUUUCAUGUAAAUGUAGACUAAAGUGGAACCAAAUAUCUCCCUAGAAGAUGAAAGUAUUUGUAUGGAUGGAGUGGGGGGGGUUUGAGUUCAGUUUUCUAUGCCAUAUGUGUCCCAGUCAUGUGUUUCUACACCUCAUGCUUGGCCACCAGCGUUUUACCGUCUCCUCUUGUGUAAUCUUUAUUUCUUCAAUGUAAAAGUUUAAGCUCAUUUGAGGAGCGUUUCUUCCUCAAUAUAACUUUUAUUUGCAUUAAACUGUGGUGUUUACCACUGUAGAAAAGCA